AUGCUUGCAGCACGUAGACUGGGCGCCUUGUAUGGCCAGAUACGGUUUGCAUCCAGUGGGGGAAGACCGGAACUCUUGACCAUCUUACCCACGAAGAGAAGUCUUAACCGGUUUUUGUUUGACUUUGACAGUCGAUUACCAUACAAGAAGGUCCUCCCGAUUCUUCAGACUGUGUAUGAUAAUUUGGACACCCCGCAAGAUAUCAAACUCCCCAAGAGUGUACGUGGGAGUGACUUAAUGAUACAGAAACAUAUUCUUGCCGCAGUGCGUACCAAGACCAAUACAAUGAACCGUAACUUGGUUGAACUUGAAAAUGAAUUGGUGGAACAAGCAGCCGAGUUGGGAGACAAUGAUGCUAUCACCAUUUUAGCAUUUGAAGCUCUUGAAAGCGGCAAUAAGGAGGACUUUGCCUAUGCACAGAAACUUGUGAAGGAGCUCGUGGAAAAGAAACAUCCACUUGUGUUCAAGUUGGCAGGUGAUGUUGCAUUUAAAAAGGCCCAAUAUCAUAAUGCUGCAGAGUAUUGGACACAAUUUCUUCAGUAUGAAUCCGACACGGUGAUGGCUAGUCAAGUAUGUUCGAACUUGGGAGUUUAUUAUUUCAGUCAUCUUCAACCAAAACCGGAUUUGAGCAAGGCUAGACAAUAUUUCGAACAGAGUGUUCAAAUUGGUGAGUUAGACAAAUAUACGGUGAUUGCUCACUAUUAUUUGGGUCAAUUAUUCUCCACCACUAAUCCUGAAGUGGCAAGAUACCAUUUGGAAAUAGCUGCAAGUCAGGCUCUUAAGGAAAGUUUUGCUACUUUGGGAUUUUUGGAAAUGAAUACUUUCAACCAAUACUACAAGGCUAUUGAAUGGUUCCAACUUGGAGCGGAGAUGAGCGGAGACUUGAUGUGUAUUAUGGGACAAUUUGACUGUUAUGUGGCCGUCAAGGACACUACCAAUGCAGAGAAGAUCUUGGACAGAUUGAUUGGUAUCAGCGACAAGAUUCAAGAAGUACGUGGGAAGAAAAUGGUUCCAAAGAGCCAAGAGGUGCGCCAUACCAUGGAAUUGAAUGAAUCACUUUUGAAAAUGUUCUUUUCCACAAGAGCAAAGGAUAUUGCAGCUCUUGAGAACUCAGAAUAG